UCGCGAUUGGGAUGCGGGGAGUGACGCCAAUCCUGCUGUCGACGCUGCAGUCGCUCCUGCUGCCAGCGACGGGCGGGCAGCCGCCCAACAGCUUCGGCCCCAGCCUCAUGCUCGUGGCGCAGACGAGCUCGGCCAAUGACGCGAUCCUGGUCAGCGACGGGCGCCACUCGAUCUGGUGUAUUUUGCAGCGCGGCGUCCUCGCCAGCCUCCAGGACGAGUUCCCGCACAUCGAGACGGUCCAAGGCCUCCGCGGGUUUACGAUCCGCGUGCCCAAGUUCCGCUACGGUACGCCGUGGCGCCACAUGAAGAAGGCCAACGGCGCGAUCACGGCGUCGCGCGUGUGCAUGCUCGUCGAUGCACUCGUGAUUGUCGACGCGACCAACGUGCACGUGCCCGAGACGCUGCUCGUCACGCGGCAUCCGUCGCUUCUCACGGUCCUCAGCUCGAUGAUGGUGGCGCAGCUCGAAGCACGCCUGCUCGCCGAGAGCACGGUUCCGCACGCGUACCAGAUCGAGCAACUCUGUGUGACCGAUUGCAUCAUUCCGCCCGACCAGGCGCGGAAGCUCCACGAAGCGGCGCCAUUGGCGUGUGCCAACCAGGACAUUGAGACCAACUUUAUUCCCGUCGAAAGCGACGACGAUGACGACGACGACGAGAGCCAAGACCUCCUCGUGUCGUCCCAAGUCCCGACAAGCCAGGCAACGACGAUGAGAGCCAACGAGAGCCCGCGACAAGCAGCCGACCAAAAAGCACCACCACCCGCUGCGCCACGCGUUUCGACGCCUGCCUCACCAGCAGUACCGACAACUACGCACGUCGCACAAGGACCGGUCACGACGCAAUCCGUCGCCACACGCACCGUAGCCCCCGCCGCCAACAACGCCGCAAGCUCCCGACCCGCGCCCUCUGUCUCGCCUCUCGAAUCCAGCCCUGUGCGGCGCGCCGACAACGCCCCAGAUACCGUCCGUCUUCCCGAGACCUCCUCGCCGCUGUUGCCGCAGCGCCGGAAGCGAGCCGCGUCACCAGCAGCAGAGUCGCCGCUGUUGCCGCAGCGCCGGAAGCGAGCCGCGUCACCAGCAGCAGAGUCGCCGUCGCCAAAGCGAGCUUCGUCACAGGCGACGCCGUCGUCGCCGCACACCGUCCGCCAUAUCACCCACGGCAUGGCGGCGUCACCUGUGCCGCGCCAAACGUCCAGCGCGCCUGGGUUUGUGUUCCCACCGUCGCGUCCUGCGAGCCACUCGAUCAGCUCGAUUCUCAACAUGACCGCGUCUGCGUCGUCGGCCAAUGACGCCAAGACGCGGCUCACGAUGCCACCAAGCCCACCGACACGGAGUACAGCGUCGACCAUCCCCGAGGUCCUUUCGCGCUUGCCGCCGCGCAUGCGCGAGGUUUCCGCUCCGGCGUCGCCGUCGCUCUCCGACGUGCUCUCUCGCCUCCCGUCGAAACCAUCGCCGAUCAAAGCGAACACGGCGCAUGUGCGCACUCUCGGGAGUCAAGAAGACGACGCCAUCGCGUGCAUCGACUUGACCCAAGAUGACAUUGAGGAUGACGACGACGAGGACAGUGUCGCGCCACAAACGCAAGCCGCCGAGUCGGUGCGUUGGCCCAAAGCCGACGCGCAGCAGUCCAUUUCGCUUGUCGACGACGACGACGACGACGAGACGCAAAUGCCACCGGCGUCGCCGCGUCGCCAAGCGCAAGCGCAAGAAGCGCCGCCAAGCCGCGAGGCAGGACGAGACUUGCUUGUGAUGGACUUUGCCGGUCCGCAGACGCAGUAUUUCAACAGCCAAGAGACCGCCGACGACGCCGAUAGCCAAGCGACUGUCUCGUCGCCCGACUCGGAUGUCGAAGGCGUCGGUGCCGCCAUGGACAACGACCUCUGGCACACGCAACCCAUGACAGAGCCGACACAAAGCACCGAGAAGGAGAGCCAAGCGAGUGCACCACUGCCAAGUGUCAAAGAGAACGAGCUGGACCAAGUCGACGAGCGUACCGCCCACAACCAAGCACCUCGUCCCUCCGACAGCGUGUCGGAUGCAGUAGCACCCGAACCGACCGCACCUGCGACCAGCGAACCGGCGCCGGUCGCGGAAGUCGCCGUCGCGGACGCGCCACGCUCGACCCCGAACGAUGCUAUUGCUGAUGCUGCUGAGGCAUCGCAGACGGGGCCGGUGGUCGACGAGCUGUUGCCGGCGGCGAAUACGGUCGCCAAUGAAAUGCGUGCAAACGACAGUGCUGUGGACCGACGUGCCGCCAGCGUCGUGCGUUGCUUGUGCGAACCUUCUCCUGCCGUGCCACCGCCGUACUCGUCGUUCCGAUACGUCUGGGGCAAUGGACGCUUGAGCGUCGUGGCUGUGCCCCGGCCGCCUCAAGAGUUCGAAGCGGAGCUGCGGAAGCACUUGAUGUUGGCCCAGCACCACACCGGCCGGGUCCUCGACGACGCCGUCGACCAGCUCCCGAUCGUGACGGUCCCGGAGGUCAUCCGUGGCGAGACGGGCAAGAACACGGAGGCGACCAACGAGUGGGGUGUCGACACCGUCGGUGCCCCCAAGGUGUGGCCAACGACCAACGGCAAGGGCGCCGUCAUCGGCUCGAUCGACACGGGCGCGUACGUCGCGCACGAGGCCAUUAAGAGCAGCUGGCGCUCAGACAAGGGCUGGUUCGACGCCUUCGCCCAGUCGGUCAACUCGCCGGCCGAUAUUGACGGCCACGGUACCCACACCAUCGGUACGAUGGCCGGCUCCAACGGCAUCGGCGUGGCCCCGGGUGCCCAGUGGAUCUCGUGCCGCGGUCUCAUCAAUGGUUCGGGCUCGGCUGAUACGCUCCUCGCCUGCGCCCAGUUCAUGCUCUGCCCCACCGACACGGACGGGAAGAACGCCGACUGCAAGAAGGCGCCGCAUGUCGUCAACAACUCGUGGGGCGGUUCGAGCACGGAUACGUGGUUCUACCCGGCUGCCCAGGCCUGGAUCAAGGCCGGCAUCAUCCCGGUUUUCUCGAACGGUAACUCGGGCCCGGCCUGCGCUACGACGGGCAACCCCGGCUUCCUUGACAACGUCAUCUCGGUCGGUGCCAUCGGCUCGUGGACGACCGACAGCCCCAACGACCUCGCCUUCUUCUCGUCGAAGGGCCCCACCAAGUACACGGGCGCUGACGGCAAGCCGCGCAACCUUGUCAAGCCCGACAUUGCCGCCCCCGGCUUCUUCACGCGCUCGGCGGGCAUCAAGGCCACGAACGAGUACGUCAAGAUGGCGGGUACGUCGAUGGCUGGCCCCCACGUCGCCGGUGUCGUUGGUCUCCUCAAGAGCUCCAAGGCCGACUUGACGUUCGAGGAAGUGUACGCCUACGUCACCAAGUACGCCUACACCAAGACGUUGACGCCCGAGCCGGCCACGUGGGUCGGCAAGGCCAACGCGACGCUCCCGGGUGCGCCUAACUGCGGCGGUGUCUCGGACGCCUCGUUCCCCAACAACCGCUACGGUUUCGGCCGCGUCGAUGUCGCCAACAUGUACGACAACGGCAAGCUCAAGCCGGUCAACCCCAACCCUGCUUGCUAAGUGUACUUUCGUCGACUGUCUCUUUUGAGUGGACGUAAACUGUGUGAAUCAAUGUCAUUCUCCUCUUUCCCCUAAAGUCUUUUCAGUCGCA